GACAUGGACAACCUCGAAAAAAAAGCGGUGUUCCUGACAGUGCACGACAUCGGAAAUAAUCAUACCUCGUUCCAAGAUUUCGUUGACCACCCGUGCAUGUCGGAGAUCAAGCAGCGCUCAGUGUUCAUACACGUGGACGUGCCCGGCCAAGAAGACACAGCAACCGAGCUUCCGAACGACUUCAACUUCCCGACAAUCCAGAUGAUGGGAGAAGAUUUGAUCUCCGUUGUGGACCACUUGAAGAUAAACUUGGUGGUGGGAUUUGGAGAGGGAGCCGGAGCCAACAUUCUUGUACGGUUCGCGCUGGCCCAUUCUUCGAGGGUGUUGGGCCUCAUCUUGAUGCAUCUGGUGUCAACAGGAGUUGGAAUGAUGGAGUACUUCAAAGAUAAAAUCAUGAACUGGAAACUCCAGAAUGUUGGCAUGAACCCCUCUGCCGAGCAGUACCUGGUUCUUCACAAAUUCGGGGCGCAACUGGAGAUGGUUGACAAUAAGGAGCGCCUUAUCUCAGACUACACUGAGAAGCUGAAGAAAAGGAUAAACCCACGGAACUUAAAGCGAUACGUGGAGUCCUACAUGAACCGAAAGGAUAUAAGUGGUCUGAUUGAGACCAACCUCAAGAGCAUGGACGUACUGCUGGUGACUGGCAGCAAGGCGGCCCAUGCGCAGGCGGUGCAGAAUAUGUAUGCUCGCAUGGACAAACAGAAGACCUCUAUUCUCAAAGUGGAUGCUGUAGGUGAUGUCCUUCAGGAAGCGCCUGAAAAGCUCGCCCAAAGCUUGUUGUUGUGUGUCAAAGGAUUGGGAUUCCUGACCUCUAUCACCUUGCCUGGUGUGGAAAGACAGAGAACCUUCUCCGGAGGCGACCACAAAAUGCUGGGCGCCGUGGGUCGCCGUCACACCCUGUCGAUGGAAGAGUACGACCUCCCUCGGACGAGAAGGACAUCCCUUACUGCUGUGCAGAAAUAGGCUUUGCCUGCUCUUUCCUUGCGAUCGGGGCGCACAUAGCUCGACCGGUAGCUCACACCACAAGUAGACGUCGAUCUAGUAGCCUUAUUUCUUUCGUCAGCCCUCGUUUUGUGCUUAAUACCUCUGUUAUCGAGCCUUCAGACUAUAUUCGCAGUGCGUAGAAAAGACGCAUAUUACCUCGCUUUAUUAUAUAAACACAUAUAUUCAGAAAGCGCAGUCCAAAUUCAACUCCCACCAGAUAACGCUCCCUGGUUAAGCAGUUUGUGCGCUGGUAUAGCGUCUCCCACAAUAAAAUUAGUGCCGCGGAUUCAUAGUUUUAGAUAUUUGCCUGCAGGAGUGUAUGAUGAACCCAGCUUAUUACUUGCCGAGCGCUCUUAGGUGUACUUUAUUCAUUGAUAUUCAAAGAGCCACGGGCUACUUUGAGAAAAAAAAGUUUCAAUUGAGGCGUUCUUCACUGGCCCUCCAAAUCACUCAUCACCAACCGGGCACGUUGGAAGCGCGACACAGAUGUGCCAAUUUACAUAAUUUUAAGAGAGUCUGUUAGCUUGGUCUCCAAUUUUGGUUGAAACGUGAAACACCAUAAUGAUACACAACAGCCUACAGGCAGGUUUUCUCAUUUUCAUUCGUCAUCAAUCCGAUACGUUCGCGGUCUAAGGGGCGCUCAUCGUCAAAGCAAAGCAGAUGGGACAAAUUGCCUCCUUUACGAACUCACGGCUUCUCGCCUUUGAGUAACCGUGUCCAUCUAAUUUUACUCAUAACUAUUUUCUACCCUCAUUGAUGAGACUAAAUGAUUUGUGUGGUGUAAUUUUUUUUUUUUUUUUCAACUGUAAAAUUUAAGUUAUUCAACUGAUCAGGAUUCGCGGUACACUCUUCAUAAGAUCUGUUUGUUUAAGCGUCAGUCUUAAUAGUGAAUUUUGCGGACGAUUAAGACGACCAGUGGCAGAGGAUUCGCGCCCUUACUUCAGGAGUAACCAGCAAAUUGUUCCCUGUCCUCGUUACUUGGCUCUAGCGCCACCUCCCUGGUAACCCUCACCUUAUAGCCUUUGAUGUGUUCUGUGUUCGCUAUCGAUAUCAGGCUUCAGUUCCACCUUGUAGGUGAGGGCAGCCGUGCCUGUUCAUGAUAACACGCGCUUAUAUCUAGCCCUCUAAGCUUUACAGCCCCCUGGAAACAGUCAAUUCUGUUUGUUUUUAGCUUUGAAGAUUUGCCUUACUUUCAUAGUAAGCUAAUAGGAGCUCUGUCUUUUGGACAUCUGUCUUUUAUGAAGGGCUACAUACAAACCAAAUCGUUCUAGAAUAAAACAACUUAAUUGACUAAAUUGAGACCGAUAAUCGUUUAGGGGCGAAAAGAAGUCUACCGAAGAAAUGGGGACAAAUAACAAGAACAGUUCUUGAUCACCUUUUUUUCUUUUCUUUCCGCAGCCUUCAGAGCUCGUAUGUUUGGCUGCAGUUUUACGAGACAGAUAGUCAUAUUUUUUACCUCAGUAAUGUUUUCGUCGUCCCUUAGAAUACAUAAGUAUAUCAUCCAAAUCAGUAAUAUCUCCCAGUAUCGGACCCCAAGAAGUCGAAAAUGUGCUCCAUGCCUGGUGUAUUUGAGUGCUUGCUGCAGCAGAAAGUAAAGCACUUGGUACACAAAUGUCUAUUAAAAAUCUGCAUAAAAAAAGUUAAAAAAAAAAUCUUUUAGUGUUUUGAGAUUUCUCAUCAAGUUUUCUUCAAUCCUAGAUGUGUUCAGAAAUUAGCAUACACCUACGCCGGAUGUUGAGUUAGCUCCGGUUGUUUUCGGCAUCGUUGUGUUUAUUGCCUCUAUGAUUGACUCGGCUGAACUUACUGGUUUAUCCGUAGAGCUGAUGUGCAUAGACAAUGCUCAGUGGCAUGUUGUUAGACAUCUCUGCUGACACGGAUCGCACCAAGCUUGAUACGCUAGCCAAAGGGCUAGCGUCUCAAGCUUGUUUCAAUCUGGUGACAUGCACAAAUGAACUCUAAUUUCUUGCGUGCUUGUAGAGAGGAGAGGGAGGGUGACCCUUAUGUUGGAAUGACAGGCCGUAGCUUAUUAAUAGCAUCAUGGUACCGCUUUGAACGCCGCCUCUUUUAUCCCAUCAACGCGGUCCUUGUCGCAUUACCCUUUUUUUUGCUUUUUUUUUUGUCGGGACAGUACACCUGCGUUUCCGGCACAUAUUCAAUCAUUCCAUUGAGUCUGUCUGCAUUCGUGCUUGUUGCCCCCAUCCUAUGCCGGCAUUCUGAGAAACGGUUGAAUGAGCCACUCAAACAGACCGAGCAGCGAAUCAACUCGUUCUUCUUGCCGUUGCUCGCCAAACUCCACAGUUCACAGCGCCCGCCUGAUGUCGGGGUUCAAGCGAUUUUUAUGCUCCGACAACUAGCCUGGGGGUCUUGGGCAGAUGGAGCCUUGUUUUCUUAAAUUGACACUUCAUGGAGGAUAUUGAAACCUUCGUCUUAAGCUCAGGGACAAUUAACUUGUUUUCACAGCAUCGUUACUUGUUUCCUCUGCUUCCAGGAAAAUAACAUGCAAGAGAUAUUUUCGAAUCGGUAUUUCGGCAUUUUUACUUGGAUACUUCAUCCCGGACGCUCGUUUUCCAAAUACCAUCCACCGUGAAUUAUUUUGGCAGAGCACAUGUUGUCUUGCUGAUCGGCAUAAAAAUGUGUCCCUUAUUUGCUCGAAGAAGUAGGUUCCAUAUCAUGAGGCAAACUGCCCUGCCAAUGUAUAAAGGUCUCACUAUACAAUGUGGGAGGGGGGGGGGGGGGGUUGUACAUACAAACACCGCGAGCCAUACGGCAAUUUUAUUCGUGCGCCUGUUCAUGUAUGCCAUCUCAGUUGGAUUUUCGACGGGAACCUGGGGCAAAAAGAAUUCAUCACUGCGCUGCGCUUGGCCCAUUUAUCUCAUCCCAGAGCGCUCCAUCCUAGAGAUUAGUGGGUUCGGCAGUAUCGCGCGCAAUCCAUGCCACGUUCAUGGCAAGCUUGCGUCUAGUCAGUGCCAACACUGCCGGCUUUUUUUCUCGAGUUUGCGAUGCUUUCAGGAGCCUUCUGGAACGGUGCUUGGUUGAAUGUUCCCAAGGCGUGUCUCCAGCAUGAGGUCGAAAUUCACUCCUGUGCCCCCCAAGAAACUUGAGGGUGGCGCAGAAGUAAGGGUUCUGCUAUCGAUACUUUUUGUCAAACCGGUGAACAGCCCACACUCGCCAGAUUCCCUAUAGAGAUAUUUAAGGCUGCGUAGUCGAAAAAUUCUCAUUUGAACACAGACAAUCAGACGACUUGCCCAAAAGUUAGAUUAAAACAAUAGUAAAACUACUCACGCAACAAAGAAAUCUCACAUAUGGAAACAAGGUGUUCGGGACAUGUUUAUUUUACUAAUUAAUUUGCUUUAAAAGACGUGACUCUUAAAUUACAAGCUUGAAUACCGACAUUCAGUGGAAUUCAAAUAAGAUGUCUGUCUUUGAUUCAAUAUAAUUUUAUACAAAGCGACAGAAGCCAUAGGAUACGACAGUUGUUACAGACAUUUCAUGAAGAAGCUUUGCCAAGCACAGGGACUCUCCAAUUAAUUCAACGGAUAAGGGUACUAGUUAAGCUCAUGGGGAGUGUGAAGCGGUUCCUACAAAACAUCACAUGAGUUCACAUGGGCUCACAUGUGCUCAGCAUGCAUAUGAAAACUCUUCAUAUGCAUGGUAAGUGCAUGAACAUGUUCUUCUCUUGUCGUUGUAGAAGUUUGGCAAAACUAUGCAUUGUCGAGCUCAGAGAAUUGUCAAGAAUGUUUCCCAUAGUUUGCAAUAGUUUCCUUUGGUUUUGCUAUCUUUUAUUUUCUAUGUAAUACGCUUCUUUUUAUUGAUAGGUUUUAGACAGUUUCAGGUAGUUUUUAACUAAUAGUUUGGUCUUGCUGUUGGUGGAACGUUUUUGGAAACAUUUUCGCUAGUUUGAUUAUCGUUUCCCUGGUUUCUGGUAAUCUUGAAUUUUCAGUCAAGUUGGUUUUACUACUUUUGGAGGAAGGGAGAUUUGUACAAGUUUCGUUCAACCUUUCACGUAAUUUUGUACUAUUGCAUGAUGUGUUUAAAAUUAUUAAUGAUAGUAAUGUAUAAUAUUUCCCGUGACUGGAGUUUCGAAUGUUUUAGAAUAGCCCACUUAUUUUCGUAUGCAGCUUUAAGUUUCCUGAAUUUUUCGCUCUUUUUAUUAGAUAUUUUACAGCUGUAAUCUGCACAAUGCAUUGUAGUGCCAUUUUCGUAGUUAGCAGUGAAUUAUUUAUUCAAAAGCUUUGCUAUUCUGAAAUUUUCAAACUUUUUAUAAAUUCUAGUUUCAGCCUAUGCUAUGUUAGGGUAACAACCCUGAGCUCACACUAGUACAAAAAGUCAGUGUUCGAUGGGGUCUCUCCCCGAGUCAAAAUCAUGUUCAAUUUAUACCUGAAAAACGUAUCAGUACCUCCCUGUACGAAGGCAUUUGGAGCGGUUUUGACUUCAAUUGAGUUAUGCAGGAUGCAAAAUGUCGAAUAUGUCUACAGUGUGAGCAGUGACUUAUCUCCAAGUUUGCCAGCAGUUAAAUAUUUCUGCACCAACUUGGCACGGACGAUUUUAAUGAUUUCUAGCUCGUUUUGUCCAUGUGUAGUCGUCCUUUCCAUGCCAUAGAAAUAGGGUGUGACGCCUCGGAAGAGUUCGUCGACCACGCAGAAUGCAACUGCGCACGAAACUUGGCUUUCUUUUUCGCGUCCAGCUAGAAACUGGGCGGUUUUAAACGAAGCUGGCGGAACCCGUGGGCCCGGAAUCCUCGGCACAAAAUUUCGUCCAGCGUGCUCCCAGCUACGGUGUUCCACAGCACUGGGUCCCCAAACUCUCCAGAUGCUUUCUCUUAACCAUCUCACUGGUGGAAUAGAGCACUAUGAAACAUACAUGCGCCAGAGCCCAGCUCUCAGAAAUGUUUUGCUAACACAGAUACCCCCGCAAAUAAAGAUCAUUUUAAAAAUUACGCGCUUGAAUUGGUGUCUCCCAGAACGUUGUGAGGAAGUCUUAAAAGGGUGCCGUCAUGAACUGUUUGAAUAUAUAAAUGGUAAAACUACAGCUAGGAAAACAUUCGUUCGAGUACCUCAAAACGGGCUUCUUUUCAUGCGGUGUCGUAGAAUGAUAGGGAUACUGUUUUUCAUUGUUAUGGAGCGUCCAGAGCAUUGAAUGUAUACACUUUUUUACAUGACUUUCAGAGCUGAAGAGUAAGACUCACGAGAGCGCGACAUACUCAUUAUUCCACCGACUCGUUUUCAAGUUGGCUGUAUAACUGCAAUUAUAGAUUACCAAACCAAUUCAAUAUGUCGCAGUUCUGACAAGAAACGUUACAACGUAAAACCACGCUCGUUUUAUUUUUUCUGGCCUCCAAGUGCCAUCCUUGUCUCCCAGUAUUGUUUUCUCGAUAAAUGUCACCGCUGUUACAGAGGGGUGCUGAGACAUAAUAAAUGUAUUAAAAACGAAAUGGUAUCGAAAGCAGAACCCGUCUAUCAUCUUUUAAGAUUUACUGGCCUACUAUUUGCUACUCCCGCGCUUGGGCAGACAAUUUUCUACAUUAGUUGUCGAUAUAAGAUAGUGUCGUUCAUAUGAACUUUGUGGAUAUGAAUGACGUGUCGUUCUUAUUCUCGGAGUUGGAAUCUUCAACUGCCAGGAAAUUAGAAAUGAGACGAGACACGUAUUCGGGGGGGAGGUGUCUCCACAAUGUACCAUCUGACAGUUAACCAAGCCACAUACAACAUCUCCACAAACCUCAAUAUGUUCAGUCAGUGCCACGCCACAGUUGUGAAUUCUGUGUGCGCAUUAUUAUCUCGCUCGCAAGUGUCCCCAGCUUGCGCUCCUUGAACUGUAACGUUGUGCGGCCAGUGGUAUACUCAAAGGCUUUAUGUGACACUAGUCAGUCCUCGCUGUCUUCACUUUCAGUGUAGAUGCAGAUAUCACUGGACAUCUUGGCGUGUCUCUGACCCCUGUGUGUUGUCCGGAGGCGCUUGCAACCGCUGCCGCCUUCAUGUUUCGUCCUUUGCGAGGCGCUGUCGAAUUCCGAGUUGUGGUCUGGUUUCCCUCGCAACCCUUGCGCUGCAGUGGGGGCAUAGCGAACGCCCGAUAUCGACGCCGACUCUGGGCGUGUACCGGUCAAUUUUUGCCCGAGCGAAGGCUUAUUCUCUGUACUGCAUGUGGCCAGUGCGGAUAGUGUGUCGUCAAAAUGGCAGUUGCUGACGAUGUAGAACAUGAGGACCUUCACCUGGAAGAGAUCGAGAGGGCGCUGCGUGGUUUCGCUAUCGUGACAACGUUUGGGUACGAGAGGCCUUGUGUUCUAGGUCAUACGUCAGGGUGUCAGAGACUCCGGACAGCGCUGUCCAUACUUCUGACACCGAAAGUUGGGAGCUUGUUCGGGCGCCGCAGAUCGUACUAUUAAAAUCACUUACAGCACAUCGCGACAAGUGAACACCGCGGCGAGAGGAAAGUUGUGCAGGAAGGCGAGCGGAAAGCCGAGCUUUUCUGCUUUCAGAGUCACGUGGCUCUUCAGCUUUGUGCCGAUCAGAGUGGUAUAGUGACAAGACCAGGAGGGACCUUCAUUGGCCAAACGGGACCGGGGGAAGAAAAAAAGCGUUUUAAGGACCAUGUGGUAAAUUUUCUCGCAGCUUUUUUUCUUAACUAAUCAACCUUCCAAUGCGUUUUUUUUUUUUUUUUUUGCAUUUGGGAUGUUUUUUUUUUUUUUUUUUUUUUUUUUAGCCGUUUCUGAAACUCCUAUGACAUUGUUAUGUGCAGUUGCAAAUAAUCGUGUUGAAUGUCUUAUUCCAUUCCACUUGCACGUAAAAAAGCGACGCAGCAGUUGUCUGUUAUAAAUAAAAGAAUGUUAAAAACUACUGGCCGUAAACACGACCUAUCUCGAGGUCGGUAUACGUCAGCCCACAGUCCCGAUAAAUGAACCCAAGUUCACUCAAGUAGAAGAACAAUGUUCUUGCACCCCGGAAUUCGCAGGGCCGAUCGAGUAGACCGUUCUCGCCACAAUUAAUGUCACGAAUCUGCAGAACGCUGUGCUGAGCAAUUGGAUUUCUUCCAAGCCAAUGGGAACCACAAAGACGCAUUAGGAUAAAGGCACAUGACUAACGCAUGUGCUGUUUCUAGUUUAACGCUGCUUUUGUUUGCAAGUGGUAUGCGUAGCUUGGACACAAAACAUAUCAUCUACACUCUAGAAAAAGCCCGUGCAUCGACUUUCCCGCUCAACACUUGGAGAGCCAAUCGCCACAACUUACGGAGCACUCUAAAAAAAAAGCCCGUGCAUCGACUUUAUCGCACAACACUCGGAGAGCCAGUCACCGCAACUUACGGAGGCAGCUCAGCGAAUGGCGAUGCCAAAACAUGUUUAGACCAAAAAACGCAGUCUGAGUUGUGACAUUGAGCAAUGGAAAACGUCACGCUUGCAUUGCCUAAUGUCACAACUUAGACCGCGUUUUUUUUUUUUUUUUUUUUUUUUUUGUCUAAACAUAGGUUUCGGCAUCGUCAUUCGCUGAGCUGCCUCCGUAAGUUGCGGUGACUGGCUCUCCGAGUGUUGUGCGGGAAAGUAGCCGCACGGGAUUUUUAGAGUGAGGCAGCUCAGCGAAUGGCGACGCCGAAACAUAUGUUUUGACCAAAAAACGCAGUCUGAGUUGUGACAUUAAGCAAUGUAAUUGUGACAUUUUGCAUUGCUUAAUGUCACAACUCAGGCUGCGUUUUUUGGUCUAAACAUAGGUUUCGACAUCGUUAUUCGCUGAGCUGCCUCCGUAAGCUGCGGUGAUUGGCUCUCCGAGGUCUUGUGCGGGAAAGUAGACGCAUGGGCUUCUUUUAGAGUGCAGGCAAAAUGAGCGCGUUAACGCGUCACAUUUCACACGAUUGCCCCUGCGUCGUGAACUUUUUAUGUUAAACAUUUAGGAGCUGCCAAGUGUUGAAGCGAAAUAAAUCGGGCACUUUCUGCGCCGCCAAAUAAACUAGCAGUUUGGAGUAUUGUCGCAACCGUUCAGGGGGUAUUAGGAAUACAUCGAACACAUCGGGGGGCGAGAAACUGGGGCCAGUAAGUAAAAUGAGCAAGUUGAUGUAUUGAAACUUAUCUAUACAGAGCCCCGGAUGCAUUCAGUUGUUUCUACUGUACUAUAUCAAAUUCGCCUAUUUCGGAUUGAGCCGUUUGAAAGCACAGAAGAGCGUUGUGGAUAAGAUAAUCUGCGAUAUCAUGACCUUAAUUUCUUCGCAAUCACUCUUCGUGAUACGCGGCCCCAGGUUUUGCUGGAUAAGCGAAUUAUGUGCGGCAAGAGUCGAUAAUGCAGAGAUUCAGCGCCCAGGCGAAAGGACAGAGCCUCCGAGGAGCAAGGAUCCUAUUUCCUGGUCCUCUAAACACAGACAGCGUUCCAGGGUUCAAAGCUUACGAAGUCUGUGACACAGGAGGCGGCAAGUAGGUAGGCAUGUAUCCCGUGACCUCUUCAUGUCACCCAUGUGGAGAGAUGCGGGCCUUGUAAGCAACCUCCGUAGUUGUUGUUGUUUUUUUGUUUUUUUUUUGUUUUUUCGGGGCAAUAUUCGCUUUGCUGUUUGCUACUCUAGUUGUGGGUGUUUAUGUAUUCUCGUACCUGUGUAUGUAUUUAUGUCAACAUAAUCUAUCCGUCUGAUAUUUGUGAUAGAGCCCAUUUUGUCUUCAACAGUACUGAAGUCAAACAGUUGCUUCGUGUUCUUGGCGUAUCCUAACUUUGUAGUAUUCAUGUGUACCUUUGAUUGAGGUGCCCUGAUUUUAUAUAUUCUACUCACAUCACUCGUAGAAAGAGUACUCUUAAACACUUGCCUCCUUGAUUUUUUCUAGUUCGUUUUCGAUUACAACUGUAUUUCCUGGCUUUUGCUGAAUAGACGGGCGCUUUGAACGAAAAUAAAAGAAUAUUAGAAGCCUU